UAAAACAGACGUGCAUUUUGCUGAACCGGGAACUCAGGACCUAUCUUUAGGACUCAAGGAAGAUCCUUCAGCUAUGGAUCCUCCGAAGUUCGAGUGCCGUUUCUCGUUUAUGCGAAAGUCAAAGGAGCCGGAGGUUCCAGUACCCCAGGCCGCGACACCAGCGCACGACGAGGCUCCAGUUCACAUCGACGUUGGUGGUGUUAUAUACACCUCCACCCUACGGACCCUAACCAAAUAUCCGGACUCAAGACUUGGGAUGAUGUUCUCUGGCAAGAUCCCCUUAAUAGUUGAUAAGCUGAAACAGCACUAUUUCAUCGACCGAGACGGUGCGAUGUUCCGACACAUUCUCAACUUCUUGCGGAACGACACGGUGCUGCUUCCUUACAACUACAAAUACCUAGAAUUGCUGUUUCGAGAGGCCCAGUUCUUUGAAUUAGAUGUAAUGGCUCAGCAGGUGUGGGCGCUAAUGGAGAUCCGUGAUUUAGAGAAGUUGGACAAGUUAGACAAGAACUUAUCGUAAAUUGCCAGAAUCUUCUGAAGCGACAAGGUGUGGUGCACGCACUGGUGACGUCGAAGGUCAUGAAAUAGUAUGCUAUAACAAAGUAGCGGAAUGCGUAAAAAACAGAACAUUUGCCGAGUUUUGUGUUCCUGCGU